GCGGCGGCUCCCGGAGUUUUGGGCCCUUGAAAACGACUUGGCGCCCCUGCGAGUUACUGGAUCCCGGUGGCCGGGCCGGGCCGGGCCAGGCUGGGCCGGUUCGGGUCGGAGGAGCAGCCCUGUUCCCGAUCGAAGUCAGCCCGAAGAGCGCCUGAUCCCGCGAGGUGGUGCCUGAACGGGCCCAGAAAUGGGAGCCCGAGCCUCCUCGGAGAGCACAGCAGACUCUGGGGUCUCUGCGUGCUGUGGCAGUGACAGCCAGUGAGCAGCUGCUGGAGGAUGUCCACCACCACGGCAGCCGCCCCCGCGGGCCUCCCCGCGCCCCCAGGCCCUGUGAACCCACCCCCGCCCGAAGUGUCCAACCCCGGCAAGCCCGGCCGCAAGACCAACCAGCUGCAGUACAUGCAGAACGUGGUGGUAAAGACGCUGUGGAGGCACCAGUUCGCCUGGCCCUUCUACCAGCCCGUGGAUGCCAUCAAGCUGAACCUACCCGAUUAUCAUAAAAUAAUAAAAAACCCGAUGGAUAUGGGGACUAUUAAGAAGAGACUAGAAAAUACUUAUUACUGGAGUGCGAGUGAAUGUAUGCAGGACUUCAACACCAUGUUUACAAACUGUUAUAUUUAUAACAAGCCCACAGAUGACAUAGUGCUAAUGGCCCAAGCCUUAGAGAAAAUUUUUCUGCAGAAAGUGGCCCAGAUGCCCCAGGAGGAAGUAGAGUUGUUACCCCCUGCUCCGAAGGGCAAAGGCCGGAAACCGGCUGCGGGGACUCAGAGUGCAGGUACGCAGCAAGUGGCAGCUGUGUCCUCGGUGUCCCCAGCGGCCCCCUUCCAGAAUGUGCCCCCCACAGUCUCCCAGACACCCGUCAUUGCUGCCACCCCUGUACCAACCAUCACCGCCAAUAUCACAUCGGUCCCUGUCCCUCCGGCUGCUGCACCACCACCUCCCACGACUCCCAUCGUCCCUGUGGUCCCUCCCACGCCACCUGUUGUCAAGAAGAAGGGUGUGAAGCGGAAAGCAGACACCACGACGCCCACCACCUCCGCCAUCACUGCCAGCCGGAGCGAGUCACCCCCACCGCUGUUGGAUCCCAAGCAGGCCAAGGUGGUGGCCCGGCGGGAGAGCGGGGGCCGUCCCAUCAAGCCCCCCAAGAAGGACCUGGAGGAUGGUGAAGUGCCGCAGCAUGCGGGCAAGAAGGGCAAGCUCUCGGAGCACCUGCGGCACUGCGACAGCAUCCUCAGGGAGAUGCUGUCCAAGAAGCAUGCCGCCUAUGCCUGGCCCUUCUACAAGCCUGUGGAUGCUGAGGCGCUGGAGCUGCACGACUACCAUGAUAUCAUCAAGCACCCCAUGGACCUCAGCACUGUCAAAAGGAAGAUGGACAGCCGUGAGUACCCAGAUGCACAGGGCUUCGCUGCUGACAUCCGGUUAAUGUUCUCGAACUGUUAUAAGUACAAUCCUCCCGACCACGAAGUGGUGGCCAUGGCCAGGAAGCUCCAGGACGUGUUUGAGAUGAGGUUUGCCAAGAUGCCCGAUGAGCCCGUAGAGGCACCCACGCUGCCUGCACCUGCAGCCCCAGUGGUGAGCAAGGGCACCGAGAGCAGCCGCAGCAGUGAGGAGAGCUCGUCGGACUCAGGCAGCUCGGACUCAGAGGAGGAGCGGGCCACGAGGCUGGCCGAGCUGCAGGAGCAGCUGAAGGCCGUGCACGAGCAGCUGGCCGCCCUCUCUCAGGCCCCAGUGAACAAACCAAAGAAGAAGAAAGAGAAGAAGGAAAAAGAGAAGAAGAAGAAGGACAAGGAGAAGGACAAGGAGAAACACAAGGUCAAGUCUGAGGAGGACAAGAAGGCCAAGGCUGCCCCAGCCACCAAGCAGGCCCAGCAGAAGAAGGGCCCAGCCAAGAAAGCCAGCAGCACCACAGCGGCCGGCAGACAGCUGAAGAAGGGCAGCAAGCAGGCAUCGGCCUCCUAUGACUCGGAGGAGGAGGAGGAGGGCCUGCCCAUGAGCUAUGACGAGAAGCGGCAGCUCAGCCUGGACAUCAACCGGCUGCCGGGGGAGAAGCUGGGCCGUGUGGUGCACAUCAUCCAGUCCCGGGAGCCAUCGCUGCGGGACUCUAACCCCGACGAGAUCGAGAUCGACUUCGAGACCCUGAAGCCUACCACGCUGCGGGAGCUGGAACGCUACGUCAAGUCGUGUCUGCAGAAGAAGCAGCGCAAGCCCUUCUCAGCAAGUGGAAAGAAGCAGGCAGCCAAGUCAAAGGAGGAGCUAGCUCAGGAAAAGAAGAAGGAGCUGGAGAAGCGGCUGCAGGAUGUGAGCGGGCAGCUGAACAGCAAGAAGCCCCCCAAGAAAGAGAAGACCGGUUCGGCACCCUCCGGGGGGCCCUCGCGGCUCAGCAGCAGCAGCUCCUCAGAGUCUGGGAGCAGCAGUUCCAGCGGCUCCAGCUCUGACAGCAGCGACUCCGAGUGACCCGGGGUACAGGUGGAGCAGGACAGACGGACGUCACACGCUGAGGCCCCGUGUGUCCCCUCCUGUGGUCAAUAUACUCCUUUCGUUCCAUGGUGUGCAGGUUUCCUUUCCUUCAGUGUGCCGGUGGGGCCGAGGCUGAGCCCCGCGGGCCAUGGCUGGCGCUCCCUGCCUUGGAGCCAAGUCCAGCCCACACCAGAGGAGCCACAGGGGCGGUUCCAGGACCUGCAGCCGUGCUGCCCAGUGACCCAAUGGGGUCCCUGCCCACCGGUGUGAGCCCAGCCCGAGCUGGGCAAGGAGGGGCUGUGCUGGCCGGGCUGGGCAGGGUGCGCAGGUACCCUGGUGGGAGUGCAGCGCUGAGCCGCCGGCUGCGGGCUUCCAAACACUGAAAUUCUUACCUCAGCUUAAAAAAAGACAAAAAUCCACAAACGGAGACUUUUUGUAAGUUCAGCGAUUUUCUACAGAGGUUCACCCAGUGUGUCCACACCUCACUCGCGCUGCCCGGCUGCCACCGCCGCUGCUGCCGCACACCCUGGAACCAUCGUCCCCAGUUUCAUGUAUAUAUAAAUACUUUAUUUAUUAACAUCAUCGGUCAAGUUUUUAAAAAAAAAGAAAAAAGAAAAAAAAGCAAAGAAAACACAGAACCGUAAAAGAAGUGCAUUAACUGCAGCGGUGGCGGCCUGGGCCAGGGGACCCGUCUGCUCCCCGCCCGGGCGCCCACACUCGUGCUUCCUGGGCUCGGGGGCUCUGGUUUGGCUGUUGGGUUGUUUCAGAUUUUUACGUGUUUCUUUUGUUUUUAUUUUGGUAUAAACUUUGGAGACAUAUAUAGACACUUUCCAGCUCCAGCGCAUCCUGAUCUUUGAUGUCGUUGGUUCAGUUUUCUGGUGCCCACGCUGGGUCUUUUGAGGACCGUUUCAAAGAAAACCAACGUAGGGAACCCCCUUCCCCACAGCCCGAGAGAAGAGGAGCGUACAGGAAAUCCAAGUUUCAACCUUUUGUUUUUAACUUUGUAUUGUAAAAAAAUAAUAAUAAUAUACGAGAGUUUUACAGAAGUUCUGUUUGGGCUUGCUGUCUUCCAGGGCUGCCACACCGUGGGCUGUGGAGCACAGGCUCUGCCUGGCCGAGUUUGGAGCCCUGCGUCCUGGCCUGUGUGUAGUCCAGGUGUGGAGCUCUGGAGGUCACGAGGUGGCCCGGCCUUUUAGCCCCUCCAAGUUCCCAAGAUGCAGGGCUGGCAUCCACAGUGCUUGGUGGCCGUUGGCCUAGGCAGCUGUCUGUCUGCCGAGCUGUGGUCGCGUCUGCACUUACAGGUGGAGACAGGCCCAGCCCAGCAGCCUCCCAUCAGGGUGCAUGUUUCCACCCAGGCCGUGGGUUCGGAUUCUGCUGAGGACACAGGGUGGGGCUGGCCGAUGUUCCUAGUCACUGGCGGUUCUGACACUCAGUGAGUUUUCAGCCAUUUGUUAAAAGUUUUAAGUCAGUUUUGUUUAUAAUAAAAAUAUAAAUGGAUUUUAAAGUUCCAUUUUUUAAAGUUACCCUUGUUUUUCAAAGGUAUUUUCUAAACAGAUCUUUAAUAGAAUAUUUAAACUGUGACUUUAAGGAAUUAACACACAACAAAAUUGGCAGGUCUUUGUUGGGGAUCUUGAGUGGACACAUGUCCCAGAGGCGCCUGCUCAGCCUGAGCCAGGGUGCCUGGGGUAGUGUGGUGUCCACAGCCUGAGAGGCAGCUGGCCCUCUCUGCAGAGGAGGUCACCCAGCGCUGUGGUCCUGCUGAGCAGCUGUGGUUCAUUGGUGCUGUAACUCUAAGGCUUUCUGUCCAGACUUCAAAACUGUCUCUAGGUUGGUUUGGGGGGUCACGGACUCCCCCACACCCUGGACGUCAGUUGGUUCACAGUGACGGCUGUCCGUCGCCUCUCCUGGGCCGGAGUGCCACAGGAAGUCCGACCUUGCUAGUGGAGGCGCUCUGGGGAGGAACAGUGGCGGUGGCCAUCACCCCGGGAAGGACCUGGGACCCUCCGGGAGGGGGCGUUGAGAGCAGGCUGUGGGUGUUGGGGAGGCCCAGAGCCCUCCCGCAGGGCAGCGUCAGCUUGCUAACAACUGUAAGACACGUUUUCCUUUGUGUUUGUUUUGGUUGUGUUCUUUUGCAGCUGUCAUGCCUUUUAAGUCAUUGGGAAGGAAAAAUGCCCAUGUCAAGAGUUGUCACAUCGAGUUUUUUCUCUGUCCCCUGAUACUGGCAUAACACUUCCAGGAGGUUUUUCUUUUUUAUAUUUAAAAUGUUACUUUUCUGUAUGAUGUGCAUGCAAGUUUACCGUAAUUUUUCUUAACACUUUUUAGUGCCGUUUCUAGUAUAUUCCUGUAAAUGUCAGUUACUGAAAAUGAGUCCAAUGUAAGUAGUUUUAGCUCGUUUAUUGCAAUGCUGGCCUCAACACCACAGAAUAAAAAUGGUAGAAAGUAAUCUUUGAUGUUUCUGGUAAUCACGGACCCUUCUCCCGGGGCAUUUGUUUUGUUUUCAUAAUAAAAAGGAGAAAAAUUCA